AUGAGCAAAAGAAGAAACGAAGAAGACUCAGACAUUGACGUCAGCUCAACCGACGAAUCAGACAACUCUGACGUUGAAUCCCAAAAGGGAAACGAAGAGGAAAUGGAGGAAGUGGUCAAUGUGGACUUUGACUACUUUGACUUGAACCCAGAAGUCGAUUUCCAUGCUACCAAGACAUUCCUUCGUCAGCUUUUCGGUGACGAUGCUACCCAAUUCGAUAUUUCCUCCUUGGCUGAUAUGAUUUUGACAAAGAAUUCUGUGGGUACCACCAUCAAAACUGAAGGUAUUGAGGGAGACCCAUUUGCUCUUCUCUCGGUGAUCAACCUUACCGAUAACGCUGAAAAGCCAUGUAUCAAGGCUGUGGUUGACUAUAUCCUUGAAAAGACCAAGGGAGAUAACGAAUUCAACCUUAUUCUUAAGAAGUUGCUUGCGCCAGGCAAAACUACCAAGGACCAGACAAAGCAACUCAAGGUCGGCUGGGUCGUCAGCGAACGUAUGAUCAAUAUGCCAGUCGAGGUUGUUCCACCAAUGUACAAGAUGCUUCUGGAGGAGAUGGAGAAGGCCGAGGAUGCCCAUGAAAAGUACGAGUUUGACUACUUCUUGGUGGUGUCUAAGAUCUAUAAGAUGGUCAGCUCUACUGCCGAUGAGGAGGACGACAAUGCUCCAAAGAAGAAGAAGAAGGGUACUGCUCAGGUCGAGGAGUUCGACUAUUUCCACUACGAGGAUCUUGUUUUGGAAGAAAACGCCAAAUACCAUAAACACUACAAGUACACCAACCAUCUACAGGAGACCGACUCGAGAAGAGUCUUCACCGAGUACGGAAUUGACCCACGUUUGAGUGUGUUGUUGUUGGAUAAGAAGGGAUUGGCCAAGUCGAUUCCUGAAAUGGCUGAAAAGUUCCCACCUUUUUAG